AUGUGGUUCAUGUCUUACAAAUUUCGAAUCUUACUCAGCCUUGUUUUGACUGCUACUUACGAUGUAGCAAAAUGUGAUCCUAUUGCUAAUAAGAAUUUUAAUUCAAACAUCCGAGAUUAUGCAGCGGCAGAUGCUAUUAACAGAACAAAUGUGAAAACUUUGCAAAAAGAAGACUUAGCAAAGUAUGCUACGUUCACACCAGCCAGCCACCCAAUUAAAUUCAAGGAAAUACCAGACAGUGCAUUGUCCAGCUCAAGUAAUGGCCGCGGCUUGUAUCAUGAUCAUUCAGGUUACACACUAAACGAAUAUGAAGAGGGUCCUCAUUACACGCAUGGUCACGAUUACUAUCUUUAUGAUCCCCAUUCAGAUGGCCAUGGUCCUCCCUCAUUCGAUCAUGACUAUCAUGGCUAUCACCACAGUGAUCACAAUGAUCAUCAUGGCCAUCACGAUUCACAUGAUCACCACGACUAUCACGAUUCCCAUGGCCACGGACACCAUCAUGGGCACUACGAUAAGCAUUAUAAACAUGCAUUAGCCACAAAGGCGGUUCUGUGGCCUAUAGCUGGAAUAGCACUUCUUGGAGCAGCAGCUGCAUUAGUUAGUAAUCCAGUUCUCCUACAACUUGGAGUCAUCUCUGGUAAACGCAGAAGACGAGAUACUGAAGAAAUAACUUGGCCUGAUUUCACCUCAGACAUGUUCACAAAGUACGAGGAAAAACUCAAAGAAAUAAGCGAUGAAGGAAAAAAAAUUCAAAUUAAAAAGAAUUUAACAAGCAAAAUAAAAGAAAAUAGGGUUUUAAAAAUUAUUGCUUCGUUUACUGAAACUGCUAAAAGAGGUCAAAUAAAAACCAAUAUUCCCAAAGAAGUGAAAACUCAUAGAAACGUUAAAAAAAUACAUUAUCCAAUCAAAGAAAACAUAUACCAAGAAGCAGAAUCUCCAGAUUACAAUGAUAAUGAUAAAAGAUUUAUACCAAUUCCAAUAAAAUUUAGAACACCUAUUGAAACGAAUUAA